AUGGCAGAAGUGAAGUUACAUGGUUCCUGGCCUAGCCCUUUUAAUCACAGAGUCAUAUGGGCUCUGAAAUUAAAAGGUGUGGAGUAUGAGUACAUAGAAGAAGACCUUUCUAAUAAGAGUGAAUUACUGUUGAAGUAUAACCCAGUUUUCAAGAAGAUCCCCGUCCUCGUUCAUGGUGGCAAGCCAAUUGCUGAGUCUCUUGUCAUCCUUGAAUAUAUCGAAGAAACAUGGCCAGAGAAUCCAUUGCUGCCAAAAGACCCUUAUGAGAGAGCCAUGGCUCGGUUUUGGAUUCAAUAUGGAGUUACUAAGGGUGCUCCCAUCGGUGUAUUUUACAGAGCUAGCGGAGAAGAGCUCGAGAAGGCAGCAAAAGAAUUGCGGGAGAUGCUGAAAAUCUUAGAAGAGCAAGGCCUUGGAGAUAAGAAGUUUUUUGGUGGUGACAGUAUAAAUCUUGUAGACAUUUCGUAUGGAGCAUUAGCUUAUUGGUUUGCGGCCAUGGAAGAAGCAAGUGGUGUAAAAGUAUUGGAGCCAAGCACUUUACCUCGAUUGUAUUCUUGGGCUAAGAAUUUCAUUGAAGUUCCUGUGGUUAAAGAAAACAUUCCUGACUAUGAUAAGAUGCUGGCCUACGUGAGUGCCACCAGGAAGAAAUUAGCCAAGAACUAUCGCCCUUAA